AUGGAGCCACCAAAACUUGAGUACUCGACUCAAGGUCCACACGUCCGAAAAAUUCUGUAUUAUCUGGACAUUGAAGACGAUGAUAGUGAACAGAAAGACCCUGAUGCCCAAACAGGGUCGUGUUCAUCAACCGAACUGCAGAGUAAGAGCGAAGCGAUUGGCUCAUCUUCUGCCAAUCACGGAAGCUGCUUCAUAAAGUGGUUUAAGGACCCAGAAAAGUUGAAAAAGGAAUAUCGUGUGCUCCGCAAGAUGUCACACAAGAACAUAAUACCACUUAUAGGAAUUCACGAACCUCCGGAAGGCCACCUGCAUGGUCUUGUCCACUCCAUCGGCAUCAUCCAUCGUGACAUAAAACCCGAGAACGUGAUGAUCGGCGACAACCACGAGAUGCUGUUAAUCGACUUUGAAAUUAGUGUUGCACUAGAGCCAGGCGAAGACGAUCUGGUUCGAGGAACACUUGGAACACCUGCGUUUCUCGCUCCUGAAUGCACUCAAGCCACUGGAGAAGCUUAUUCUGGCAAAAAGGCAGAUGUCUGGUCUGCUGGAAUCACUCUAGCCUAUAUGCUCACCGGCAAGCUACUGUACGACGGCCUUACCAAGUACGACGUCAUGGAGGCCAUCAGAACGGAGCCUAUUGAUGUUAGAAAGUGGACAAUCAGCGAGGAAGUCGUCGAUUGUCUAGCUUGUGCUCUUUCCAGGGAUCCAGAUGAACGCCACAGUGCUUUGAAGCUCAAGGUACGCUUACUCCUGGACUGGUUAUUUGUAAUGUUGCACUAA